AUGUAAACUGUCUCUGAAUCAAUGAUAAGAAAAGAAUACCAAAUAAAAGUGAAUGAAUGCAUAGAAAAUAUGUAAUAAGCAAUAGAGGUGUAUAUUAUUUAAUAUAUGUAAAUAGAACUCAUUUAAUAAUAUUGAUACCAAACUUGAUGAACUUCUUAAUAAUGAGUUUAACUCGAUUAAUAUAAUAGCAUCUUAAUAAUAAUAAUCACAAUUACCGAAAAUCAAUUCCAAUAUAUUAUUUAAAUUUUAAGAUGACAAUUUCCCAAAAUAAAUCUGUUAAGAAGUGACUUCUUUGAUGUUAAUUAAUACUCACAAUCAAGUUUAAAAGUAAGAACAAUAAUAUCAAGAAUUAACCAAAGAAACUCACACAACAUAGAAAAAUUAAAUCAAAUAAAAUGAUUGUUAAAUUAAUACUUAAACUAUUUAAUAAUCAUCAACACUUUAAACUACUCAAUCAAAUGUUAAACCAUUCACUUAUUAAUUAGUUAAAGAAAACUCAAUUAAAUAAGAUCAAUGGUGUAAUGCAAUUGCUGUUAAUAAAGAUUGUUCAAUAUUAAUUGCUGGAUGUGAAAGUUAAAUUAAAGUAUUUGAAGUUAUAUAAGGAAUCUUAAAAUAAGUUUAAAUAUUAAAUGAACAUGGGAGAGAUGUCUAUACUUUAAAUUUCAUGAAGAGAUCGGAUCAUUUUAUAUCUGGUAGUCAAGAUAAAUCAAUCAUAAUAUGGGCAAGAGAUCAAAAUAAUUUAUGGAUUUGCCAAUAGUAUUUGAAUGGACAUACAAAUGGUAUCUACUGUUUAUAAUUAAAUAAUGAUGAAAAUAUUAUUAUUUCUGGUGGUUGGGAUAAUAAGAUUAAAUUCUGGUAGAAGUAAAAUACAUGGUUAUGCACUUAGACUAUUAGAGAUCAUAAAAAUGCUGUAUUAGGAUUAACUUUAAAUGAAUAAUUAAAUAGAUUGAUAUCCUGUGGAAGUGAUAAUUUUAUAUUAGUAAUUGACCAUAUAGAUUUUUUUAACAAAUGGGUAGUAAAAUAAAAGAUUAAAGUAGAACAAUGUGGAUUUAGAUUAUGCUUUAUUGAUAACUAUACAUUCACAUUCUAUCCUGAUAGUAGAUAGUACAUAAUUGUUUUUGAGAUGAAUAAUAUUAAUAAUUAGUAUACCAAGACCAAAGAGAUUCCUGUAAAAGGUGGAACCGAUCAUUGUUUGUUUGCUUCAUAAUAUAUAGAAUCAAAAUGUAUGCUUGUAAAUAAGAAUGGUUUAAAUGUAAGUUUAAUAAGUAUGAAACAAAACGGAGAAGUUAUGAAUUAGGAAUCUAUUGAGUUUGGAACAUCUCAUAUUUUUGGAUAUAUGACUGAUGAUGGACAGUAUUUGAUUACUUGGGAUGAUAAAUCAAAAGAAAUUUAGAUCAGAUAAUAUCAUGAGAAAUGA